AUGCCGCAACCAUUGAACUCCAAGGACCAGUCCUUGUUUCGUCAAGUGGUUCGCAACUUUGAGCUCAAGCAGUACAAGAAAGGCAUCAAGACGGCAGAUCAGGUUCUAAAAAAGAACCCCAAGCAUGGCGAUACACAGGCGAUGAAAGCUCUGAUCAUGAGCCACAUGAAUCAGCUGGAGGAGGCGUUCGUCCUAGCCAAGGAAGCCCUGCGCAACGACAUGAAGUCGCACAUCUGUUGGCACGUGUACGGUUUACUAUACCGACAGGAGAAGAACUACGAAGAAGCGAUCAAGGCCUACCGAUUUGCUCUGCGCCUUGAGCCCGAAUCCCAGCCCAUCCAGCGUGACUUGGCCCUCCUCCAGAUGCAGAUGCGCGAUUUCCAAGGAUAUAUUCAGAGCCGUACAUCCAUGUUGCAGGCUCGCCCCGGCUUCCGCCAGAACUGGACUGCGCUUGCGAUUGCUCACCACUUGGCAGGAGAUCUCGAGGAGGCCGAGAAGGUUCUGACCACUUUUGAGGAUACUCUGAAAGGUUCGCCUUCGGUUCAGGAUAUGGAGCAUUCCGAGGCCCUCUUGUAUAAAAACUCGAUCAUUGCGGAGACAGGAAAUCUGGAGAGAGCUUUGGAGCACCUUGAGAAGGUUGGUUACCGAUGCACCGAUGUUCUCGCGGUCAUGGAGAUGAAGGCCGAUUAUCUUCUGCGGCUUGGCCGCAAGGCUGAAGCGGCUGAGGCUUACACUGCCCUGCUGGAGCGCAAUUCAGAGAACUCAAUCUACUACAAUGGCUUGAUUCAGGCCAAGGAGAUCCCUGACAGCGACCACACGGCUUUGAAGGCUUUGUAUGACGAAUGGGUGGAGAAGUAUCCCCGCGGCGAUGCGGCUCGUCGCAUUCCUCUUGACUUCCUUGAGGGUGAUCAUUUCAAGCAGGCCGCGGAUGUUUACUUGCAGCGUAUGCUCAAGAAGGGUGUUCCCUCACUUUUCGCCAACAUUAAAAUGCUCUACAGUAACCCCGCCAAGCGGGAUGCUGUGCAGACUCUGGUGGAGGGUUAUGUCUCUGGUCAGUCUUCCUCCGAGGCCAAUGGAUCUGCGGAAACCAAUGGCAGCAAGAAUGAGUUCCUGGCAUCAUGCUACUACUUCUUGGCUCAACAUUAUAACUUCCACCUUAGCCGCAACCUCCCCAAGGCCAUGGAGAAUGUUGACAAGGCCAUUGAAAUCUCUCCCAAGGCUGUUGAGUACCAGAUGUCCAAGGCUCGUAUCUGGAAGCAUUAUGGCAACACUGUGAAGGCCGCAGAGGAAAUGGAGAAGGCACGUUUGUUAGACGAGAAAGACCGCCACAUCAACACCAAGGCCGCCAAGUACCAGCUCCGAAACAACGAAAACGACAAGGCCUUGGACCUUAUGAGCAAGUUCACUCGUAACGAGACUGUUGGGGGAGCUAUGGGUGAUCUCCACGAGAUGCAGUGCGUUUGGUAUCUGACCGAGGAUGGCGAGGCCUAUUUGCGACAGAAGAAGUUAGGCCUUGCUCUCAAGCGCCUUACUGCCGUCCACAACAUCUUUGACGUUUGGCAAGAGGAUCAGUUUGACUUCCACAGCUUCUCCCUGCGCAAGGGUAUGGUCAGAGCUUACGUGGACAUGGUGCGCUGGGAAGACCGCCUGCGCGAGCACCCAUUCUACACACGAAUUGCUAUCGCGACCAUUAAGGCCUACUUGCUUCUCAACGAUCACCCAGACCUUGCACACGGUCCCAUCUCCGGCGGUGCCAACGGUCUCGAUACCACAGACGAUGCUGAGAGGAAGAAGGCCCUCAAGAAGGCCAAGAAGGAGCAGCAUCGCUUGGAGAAGCUUGAGGCUGAGAAGCGGGAGGCACGGAAGGCUGCUGCCGCCAACGCCAAGAGUGCCGACGGAGAAGUCAAGAAAGAGGACCCUGAUCCUCUUGGUAAUACUUUGGUCCAGACUAAGGAACCGCUCAAGGAUGCCAUGAAGUUCUUGACACACCUGCUUGAUCACAGCCCGAAGAACAUUGAGGCUCAGUGCCUUGGCUUCGAGGUUUACCUCCGAAGAGAAAAGCACCUGCUCGCAUUGAAGUGCCUCAAGGCCGCUCACGCAAUCGACCCCUCCAAUCCCAUCCUCCACCUUGCGCUCAUUCGAUUCCGCAAGGCUCUUGACAGCCUGGCUGAGCCGCUCCCGGCCCAAACCGCCGAGGUUGUCGACGCUGAAUUCGAGAAACUCCUCUCGAAGUCCCAGAACCUUGAGGAGUUCAACGAAUCUUUCUUGUCCAACAACAAGAACAGCAUUGCUCACGUCCAAGCCGCCCUUGAAGCCCGGCAGCUGUUGAAGCCCGACUCCAAGGCGCAGUCCGAGAAAGACCUCCUGGCUGCCCUCGAUUCGUCCGAUAUUACCAUUGAAGAGGCAGUUUCGGCCCUCGAUCUGUUGGACAGGUGGGCCAGCGACAAGACUGCGUUUGCCCAGAAGGCAAGUAAGAAGUGGCCCGAGUCCUCUGUCUUUGAGUUGAAAUGA